UCGUCGGUGGUACCACAUGGAUUCACUCACCACCACCUCCGUCUCCACCGCCGCCGGCGACGGAGAUCAUACUCCAACAACCCCCACCACCAUCAUCACUCAUACGCUUCGUCUCAUCCAAGACGAUAACCACGAUCCUUAUUCCAAAAUUGAAGCAGCUAAAGAGAUCCGUCGACUAACCAAAACAUCACAGCGGUGCCGGCGCCAGUUCUCCGAUGCCAUCGUACCUCUUGUUUCCAUGCUUCGCUCUCCAUCUAUUGAAGCCAAAGCGGCAGCGCUCCUAGCUCUCCUUAACCUUGCCGUCCAGGACGAAACAAACAAGAUUAGUAUUGUGGAUGCUGGUGCCUUAGAACCAAUUGUCACAUUUCUUCAUUUGGGCAAUUUGAAUUUGCAAGAACAUGCAACGGCAUCAUUAGCCACCCUAUCUGCAACACUUGUAAAACGAUCGACCAUCGGUGCAUCUGGUGCCAUCCCGUUUCUCGUGGAACUCCUUGGCCACGGUAACACCCCUCAAGUCAAGAUGGACGCGAUCAUGGCUCUUUGCAAUCUCUCAUCCGAGCCACCCAAUCUCGCCCUCAUCCUUCAAUCCCACCCUAUUCCUUACUUAGUUAACAUCCUUAAAUCCUCCAAAAAAUCCUCAAAAAUCUCCGAAAGAUGCACCUCUCUUCUUGAAUCUUUAGUUGGUUUCGAAGAAGGACGAGUCUCCCUAACUUCAGAAGAAGGCGGCGUGCUUGCAGUCGUGGAGGUCCUCGAGCGUGGGUCCCCCCAGAACCGCGAACACGCAGUGGGUACACUCUUGACUAUGUGUCAAAGCGACCGAUGUAGAUACAGAGAACCGAUUCUUAGAGAAGGUGUGAUUCCAGGACUUUUGGAGCUUACAGUUCAAGGAACCGCAAACUCUCAGACGAAAGCACACACACUGCUGCGAUUACUACGAGAGUCUCCGUACCCGAGAUCAGAGCUCGAGCCCGACACGCUCGAGAACAUCGUGUGCGAUAUUAUAUCGCAGAUCGAAGGGGAGGAGCAAAAUGGGAAUGCAAAGCAGAUGCUGGCAGAUAUGGUUCAAGUGAGCAUGGAGCAAAGUUUGAGACAUUUACAGCAAAGGGCACUGGUAUGCACUCCAUCUGAUCUACAGAUUACUAGUAAUUGUGCUUCUGAAGUUUCUUUGAAAUAAGGCAUUCACAUGUGAAUUUUGUGGGGUUUGUUGAUGAAUAUAAUAUUGUGAGGUGAAAAUUUCAUAUUAGGGAAAGCCAGUCCAGGCCUUGUGUGUUUAUUGGGUAUCAUGUGACUGGUGAGUCAAUAAAUUUGCCAAAAUUGUUGUUCAUUGUAAAAAAACUUGUGUUAUGUUAACCCUUUUGUAC